AAAAGGUUGUUUCGUUUGGCUUUGUAAACGUAAAAAAAUAAAUAAAUAAAUAAGUAUGGCUGGUAAAGGCAGAGGCAUAGCAGCUUUUACAUUUAACAUAGACGCACUGGGUCUCACCAGAGGAUCCAUGCCUGAGAGUCAACAUGGUCCACAACCCUUGUUUCCUCAAAUGGAGUUUAAACCAGUGCCUUUAAAGGCUGGUGAGGAUGAAGACUACAUGUUAGCUUUGAAACAAGAGAUUAGGGGAAGAAUGAAAGGCCUGCCUUUCAACAUAAAGCCGUGCUCAGGCAGGAGUGAUGUGGAAAAGUAUAAAGAAAAAUAUAUAAGAGAAUGCCAGAAAAUUGAAGAUGAAGAAUGGACCCCAGACUGGAACCGUCUUCCAAAGGAGCUAAUGCCUCAGAAGAAGAUAAUAAGAAAAAAAAAGGAUCCAAAGAAACCCAGAAAGAUUUCAAGCAAACAGCAGGAGGAUUUGUUGUCUAAACUAAAUGAGCUUGAGAAGAAGGCUGAUAAAUCAGAUGAUGAGAAUGAAAAGGAAGAAAAAAAAGGUAAUGAAGAGGAAGAAAAAAAGGGUGAAGAAGAGGAAGAAAUUGAAGGAGAUGAAUUUGAUGAAGAGCUUGAAGAGGAGAAUGACUACAUGAAUACCUACUUCGAAGAUGGUGAUGAAUACGGAGCAGGCAGCGAUGACAAUAUGGAUGAAGCCACAUAUUAAUCAAUAAUAAUAAUAAUAAUCAGCAAAGAUUCUGAUAUUCAGAGGAAAAGGAGAAUGUGUAAAUCAUUUAAUUUUACUAUUCAAACAACCUAUAUCUGUCUGUUCUGUUUCGUGUAUCUAUAAACGC